AAUGGCCAGAGCGUAAAAACCGCGUCCUACAGCAACUUUCGAAUCGGGAAUGAGACUGAGGGCUAUGCCAUACAAUCACUGGGUGAAUACUCCGGAGACGCUGGCGAUGGAUUGAGAGAGAGUCUAUAUCAAAAGUUCAGCACCCUCGAUCGCGACAAUGAUCUAUUGCUUGAUGUUAAGUGCUCCAAGGAUGCCAGCGGCGGCUGGUGGCAAACAAAUUGCGGCAAUUCAAGCAACAUGGUCUACUGGAACGCUGUCCUUGAUUCCAUAUAUUCCGUUGAAUUAUUGAUACGUCCCACAAAUAUGGAUGGAAAUUAA